UUACGGGUUGUUUAUGAAUACGGUGUUGUACAUGAUUAUUGUCAUGGGAAAACCAGGAAGGGAUACUAUAAUAUGCAUUGUGUAAAAAUAGAAACUUUCAGGAUAUAUUUAUGGUAAACAGGAUACACUAUAGUCUCAUAAUCAUAUGCUGGAAUUUGUGCCACUGCUGAAUCUGUCACAAUUGACGAUGGAAAAAAGUAUGUAUACGAGAUUACCGGUAAAUCGGCAUUAACCUAGAAAAGGAAUUAACUUUUUUAUAUGUAACACAAGACAAGAAAAAUAAAUAAAUUCACGAUGGCGAUGACAAAAGUGAAAGCACUGCAGUUAUGGUGUAAAAAGAUGGCGGAUGGCUAUCGGGAUGUGGAGGUUCGAGAUAUGGCAGCCUCGUGGAAGAGUGGACUGGCAUUCUGUGCUAUCAUACAUAGGUUCAGGCCAGAUUUGAUUGACUAUGACUCUUUGUCGAAGGAAAAUGUGUUUGACAACAAUCAGCUGGCUUUUGAGGUAGCAGAAAAGCAGUUGAAUAUCCCAGCAUUCCUUGAGGCAGCAGAUAUGGUAGCAAUAAGAGUUCCAGAUAAACUGAGCGUUGUUACAUACGUAUCACAGUAUUACAACUAUUUCCACGAUAAACCACAGUUGGGUGGACCUGGAGUGAACAAAUUUAACAAAUCUGCAAAGACAAAAGGCAACGUAACCCAACCAGUGAACAAGUCACUUACUCCUGCAAAAACAAAUCUUGGAAAUGCUCAGCUUAAGACAGAGAGACAGGAAUCUAUUGGAGAUAAGUGUACAAUUUGUCAUGAGAAAGUCUACCUCCUUGAACGACAUAUAGAAAACUCUAAACUAUACCAUAGGUCUUGCUUUAGAAAGAGCGAACUUUCACCCACCAGUAAAGUGUUCAAGAGACAGCCAUAUAGCCCUCUUGCUGAGGAAAAAAAUGAUUUAAUAAGUACGAAACAUAGAAAAAUCGACUCUGCUGGUGAUAAAAAUGUGCCGAAGGAAGAUGGUUUAGACUUUUGGCAAAGACGAGCUCAGCAGAAAGCUAAGGAAAGUGAAAGUAAAAGAACUAACGAGACACCUGUGGUAAAAACUGAAUCUAAACCUGAACCAAAAGUGACUACACAAGCUGUAAAUAGUGAUGUUCCAAUUUGGAAAAGGGGUUUAGAGAAGAAGGAUAAAUUAUUUGAUGGUGGUGGUGCUAAAGAGAAAGAAGAGCCAAAAAUCAAAACAGGUUUAGCAGAUAAAUUUAAAGAAUUAGAUCAACGGAAUUUGAAAAGUUUAAGUGAUACAGAUCAUGUGAAAAAUGUUGAUAAAAUUAAAGAAAGAGAUAAAAAGGAUAUAAGUGAUACAAAGAAGAAGUUUGAGAGUAAGCCUGUAGAUAAUAAAGUGGUGUCUCCAGUUGCAAAACCAAGGCAGAAUGUACUAAAUAGAAUUGAAAAAAUGGAUACUGAUAAUAAUGAAUCUCAUGUACCAAAGCCAGUCCAAAGAUUUCAGAAAAAAGAUGAGAAGCUUUCGCCUAAAGCAUCUCCAAGAAAAAUUGAUCAUAAAUCAAAAUCUCCACCAACUACUAAAAAGAAUGACUUAACAAGGCCUAAAACUCCUCCAAAUAAACACAAAACUGAGUUUAGUUUAAAUUUAACAAACAAUGUAGGUAAAUCAGUAAGUGCACACAAGGUAGAUUCUCCAUCAUCUCCUCCACCUUUGCCAGCAAAUUCUCCACCAAGAUUGCCGAAAUCCUCUCCUCCAAAACAGCCCUUUUCAAACCAGUCUAUGGACUCUUCACCUGUUACAUCACCUAGAACAGCAAAUAAACAAAAUAAAGCAACUGAUAAAGAUAAACCAAUUAUAAAAUCAAAUAUACCCCCUUCAAAACCACCAAGAACUUUAGUUGAAGAAAAACCUAGAAGCCCAAGCCCGGUUCAUAAAGAUCGAAUAUCAAAAUUUGCAGAUAAAGGCAGAAGUACAAGUCCAAUGGAUACAAGUGAAAUGCAUGUAGCUCCAAAGGCUAAUAUAAAAGGACCUAAAACAGAAUAUACCGCUGCAAUAGUUGUUCCCAAUAGACCUCAAGAUGAGGAAAAGAAUAGAGAAGUAUUUGGUGGUCUGCUCAAGAGUUUGGCAGGUGUUAGGCAAAAGUACGAUGUUGAGAGUGAUAAUAAAGGUAAACUUACUGGUGCUAAUUCUGAUAAAGAAAACAAAAGUAUGGUUAAAAUAAAUGGUGCUAUACAUGAAGAACACGGGUUAAGACAGAAGUUGGAUAAAAUAAACGAGCCGGAGAUAAAGGACUUGAAUAAAGGUAGACAAGUGCCUCAGAGACCUAAGUCAUCAUUUGUGUCCCAGAGUUCAAGUUUGUUUGAUUCAGAAGGGAAAAGAGAAUCUAAUGUGAAAGUUGAUAUUACUAAGAAAACGACUACUAAAACUACGGUAGUGACUUACCAUAUAGGUGAUAAAACGAAAGGCGAAGAGACUAAGAGUGUUACGACUGCUACUAAAGUAGAGGAUGAUGUUCCUGAAUGGAAAAGAGCUUUAGAACAAAGAAAAAAAGAUCAGCAAAGACCUAAGUCUGCAGAUAUUUUGAGUGAAAAGUCGGAUAUUGGGAAUGUUCCACAAUGGAAGAUUGAGGCUGAUAAACGUAAAGAAGCGAGACAAGGUGGGUAUGUAGAUCCAGAAAAAGUAAAACGUGGCAGAGAUGAAAAUAGGAAUAACGCAGCACUAGAUCUGUCUCGAGCUUUAUCACCUGUUGGAAGGAAAAAAGAAGAUAUCUCAGAUAAGUAUGUGCCACCCAUAGCCGAACAGAAAAUAGAGUUACCACAAAGACAUAAGAUUGAAUACAAAGGUGAUAAAAUUGAUGAAAAUCAAAAGCCAGCUGAAGUUCAUAAAAAGAAAAUUACAGUUGAUCAUAAGUUUAAAUUUGAGGAUAUAGAAUUGAAACCAGCACCUAAGAAGCCACCAAGGCCAGCUACUCAGCCAUCGAGUCCAAAAUCUCCAACUAGUCAUGGGCCAGUCAGACCACCACCUCCAAAAACUGAAGGGUUUAAACCAGGCAGGCAUCACAUCUCGGCAUAUCAGAUACAGACACAGUUACAGCAGAUUGACAGGAAGCUGACGCAACUUGAAUUGAAGGGACGUACACUAGAGGACUCUAUUAGAAAUGCUAAAGACGAGGAAGAAGAUGACCUGAUGAUUGCCUGGUUCCAACUCGUCAACGAGAAAAACAAUCUUGUCAGGACAGAGUGUGAUUAUAUCUAUGUUUCUCGUGAACAGGAACUCGAGUUGGAACAACAACAGAUUGUUCAACAGUUGAGGGAACUUGCAGACAAACCAGAAAAGACAGAAGAAGAUAUUAAAGAAGAGGAACACUUGAUGGAGAAGUUAAUGGAUGUGGUCAACCAGAGGAGUAAAAUUGUAGACAGUAUUGAUGAAGAUAGAAUCAGAUAUAUGGACGAAGACAGUCAUAUUGAAGCAAUGCUGCAGCAGAAAGCAUUUAGUAAGCAGUACAAAAAGCCUAAGAAAAAGAAAAAAUUAGGUGAGGAUAUUGUAAUGCUUCUAUGUAGCUUACUCAGGUAUACCUAUCUUCCUUUUCCUUUGUGUUUACACACCAUGUUUACACACACCAUUUAUGUAGUAUGUUUCUUUAAAGCACGAUAAUAAUGCAUGCGUUCCAUCUUUUUGAAUGAUUUUCAUUACUGUUUAAUAUAAAUGCACACAUGGCACUCGUUCAAUGCAUUUCGGAAGUUGAAAUUUGGUCCCAUUCCCACUACCAGGGAAUAGACUUGCAUAAAAUUCUGAAAUGUCUGACCAUUCUAACUUUUAAUAAAACGAAAUGCGAAAUGAUUGAAGAUGUGUUAUAGAUUAGUAAUGUAUCAUACGUGGUUGAGUAGCUUAUAUUUCAGAUAGUCCAUUUCCUGUUCACCAACGUCAGUU